UCCUCCACAGGGCCGCUCGGUUGCCCGGCCCCUUCGAACGCGGAAGUGGGGAUGACGCUGAAAGUGCUAAGUGCUGUUCUGGUGUGGCGCGCCGGUGUACCGCCCACUGUGAAUGUUUCCUUUGCUGACGUUUGAGUAGGAGGUGACCAAGUGGAGACGCUGAAUAAAGGCGGCAAAGCGCUGGCGAAGUCGGAGGCGGGGUCAAGGCUCGUCAAGGCGUCUGUCCGUAGCCAGUUGCACACAGUUAGCUUCAUGGAGCGGAUGUGCCAUCAUUAACUCUGGAGGACCUGGAAAAUUAGAAUCUGUUAGAUGUGGGAGAGUGAGAGGAAGAUAUGUGAUUGUCAGCACUCCAGGCCUUGUUCUCCUCUGAACUAAAACAUGCAUUCAUGGGCCAAACCAGAAACGGAUUUGAGUAAUAUGACAACUAAGCUCUCCAUUUCAAAGCUUGGCAGUAUCCCUGGGAAUGGAAUACCUCCAACAUGGCUCUUCAGCACCAGGGCUGAUGUUCUGGGCCUCCCAGAUCAGUCAGAACUGCAACAAUGGCACCUAUGAGAUCACCGUCCUGAUGAUGAACAACUCAGCCUUCCCAGAGACCUUGGAGAACUUGAGAGAAGUGGUGACAGAAGGAGUGCAAAUAGUGGAACAGCGUCUGCUCAAUGCUGGCAUAAAUGUGACUGUGAUUGCUACCUUUAUCUUUUCGGAUAAUGAGAUUUACAAGUCAAAUGACUGUCGGAGUAGCACCUGUGAAGGCCUUGACCUACUCAGGACAAUUUCAAAUAAGAAACAGAUGGGCUGUGUCCUCAUAGGGCCCUCGUGUACAUAUUCCACCUUCCAGAUGUACCUUGACACAGAUUUGAACUACCCCAUGAUUUCAGCUGGGAGUUUUGGAUUGUCAUGUGACUACAAAGAGACUUUAACCAGGCUGAUGUUUCCAGCUAGGAAGCUGAUGUACUUCUUGGUUAACUUUUGGAAGGCCAAUCAUUUGCCAUUCAAAGAUUUUUCCUGGAACACUGCCUAUGUUUUCAAAAAUGGCACCGAGACUGAGGACUGUUUCUGGUACAUCAAUGCUCUGGAGGCUGGGGUUUCCUAUUUUUCUCAGGAACUUGGCUUCAAAGAUAUGUUGAGGGGAAGUGACCAGUUUCAGGAUAUCUUAAUGAACCAAGACAGGAAAAGCAAUGUGAUUGUUGUGUGUGGUAAACCAGACACGAUUGGUGACCUCAAGGGUGACCUGGCGGUGGCUGAAGAUAUUGUGAUUAUUCUAGUGGACCUAUUCAAUAACGAAUACUUCAUGGAUAAUGUCACAGCCCCUGACUAUAUGAAAAAUGUCCUUGUCCUGACAUUGCCUCCUGAGAAUCCCAUCUCAAAUAAAUCUUUCUCCAAAGAUUUAUCAUGGGCAAAAAAUGACUUUGCUCUUGCCUACUUGGAUGGCAUCUUGCUCUUUGGACACAUGCUGAAGAUAUUUCUUGAAAAUGGAGAAGCUGUUACCACCCCCAAAUUUGCACACGCCUUCAAGGACCUCACUUUUGAAGGGCAUGCGGGUCCUGUGACUUUGGACGACUGUGGGGAUAUUGACAACACUAUGUUGCUUCUGUAUACUUCUGUGGAUACCAACAAAUACAACGUUCUCUUGACCUAUGACACGCAUGUAAAUAGGACUAAUCCCAAGGAAGACAGCCCCGCAUUCAUCUGGAAGAACCACAAACUUCCUAAUGAUAUCCCAGGCCAGGGCCCUCAAGUCCUGUUGAUUGCAGUCAUCACCCUCACAGGAGCUGUGGUUCUGCUCCUGCUCAUCGCUCUUCUGGUGCUGAGAAAAUAUAGAAAAGAAUAUGAACUUCGUCAGAAAAAAUGGUCCCACAUUCCUCCUGAAAAUAUCUUUCCUCUGGAGACCAAUGAGACCAACCAUGUUAGCCUGAAGAUCGAUGAUGACAAGAGACGAGACACAAUUCAGAGACUUCGACAGUGCAAAUACGACAAAAAGCGAGUGAUUCUAAAGGAUCUCAAGCACAAUGAUGGCAAUUUCACUGAGAAACAGAAGAUAGAAUUGAACAAGUUGCUUCAGAUGGACUAUUACAACCUAACCAAGUUCUAUGGCACAGUGAAGCUUGAUACCAUGAUCUUCGGGGUGAUUGAAUACUGUGAGAGAGGAUCCCUCCGGGAAGUUUUAAAUGACACCAUCUCCUAUCCUGAUGGCACAUUCAUGGAUUGGGAGUUUAAGAUCUCAGUCUUGUAUGACAUUGCUAAGGGCAUGUCAUACCUGCACUCCAGUAAGACUGAAGUCCAUGGCCGUCUGAAAUCCACCAACUGUGUGGUAGACAGCAGAAUGGUGGUAAAGAUCACUGAUUUUGGCUGCAGUUCCAUUUUGCCUCCAACAAAAGACCUGUGGACGGCCCCGGAGCACCUCCGCCAGGCCAGCAUCUCCCAGAAAGGAGACGUGUACAGCUACGGCAUCAUCGCCCAGGAGAUCAUCCUGCGGAGGGAAACCUUCUACACUCUGAGCUGCCGGGACCAGAAUGAGAAGAUUUUCAGAGUAGAGAAUUCCAAUGGAGUCAAACCUUUCCGCCCGGAUCUGUUCCUGGAAACGGCAGAGGAGAAAGAACUGGAAGUCUAUCUACUUGUAAAAAACUGCUGGGAGGAAGAUCCAGAGAAGAGACCAGAUUUCAAAAAAAUUGAGUCUACGUUGGCCAAGAUAUUUGGCCUAUUUCACGACCAAAAAAAUGAAAGUUAUAUGGACACCUUGAUCCGACGUCUACAGCUGUAUUCUCGAAACCUGGAACAUCUGGUGGAGGAAAGGACGCAGCUGUACAAGGCAGAGAGGGACAGAGCUGACAGACUCAACUUUAUGUUGCUCCCAAGGCUGGUGGUCAAGUCUCUGAAGGAGAAAGGCAUUGUGGAGCCUGAAUUGUAUGAGGAAGUUACAAUCUACUUCAGUGACAUUGUAGGUUUUACCACCAUCUGCAAAUACAGCACCCCCAUGGAAGUGGUAGACAUGCUCAAUGACAUCUAUAAGAGUUUUGACCACAUUCUUGAUCACCACGAUGUGUAUAAGGUGGAAACCAUUGGUGAUGCCUACAUGGUGGCCAGUGGUUUGCCUAAGAGGAAUGGCAAUAGGCAUGCAAUAGACAUUGCCAAGAUGGCCUUGGAUAUCCUCAGCUUCAUGGGGACCUUCGAACUGGAACAUCUUCCCGGUCUCCCAAUAUGGAUUCGCAUUGGCGUUCAUUCUGGUCCCUGUGCUGCUGGAGUUGUGGGAAUCAAGAUGCCUCGUUAUUGCCUAUUUGGAGAUACCGUCAACACAGCCUCUAGGAUGGAAUCCACUGGCCUCCCCUUGAGAAUUCAUGUGAGCGGCUCCACAAUAGCCAUCCUGAAGAGAACUGAAUGCCAGUUCCUAUACGAAGUGAGAGGGGAAACAUACUUAAAGGGAAGAGGAACUGAGACUACCUACUGGCUGACGGGGGUGAAGGACCAGGAGUACAACCUGCCAACGCCUCCUACUGUGGAGAAUCAGCAGCGCUUGCAAGCCGACUUUUCUGACAUGAUUGCCAACUCUUUACAGAAGAGACAGGCGGCAGGGAUAAAAAGUCGAAAACCAACACGAGUGGCCAGCUACAAAAAAGGCACUUUGGAAUACUUGCAGCUGAACACAACAGACAAAGACAGCACCCAUUUUUAAACCAAAACGAAGUCCAAGGACUCACUUAGGCAGUGGCCCAAGUGUCCCAGAGACCUAAUGCAAUCAAAGACUUAGAUACACUCUGCUUUGCCCUGUCUGGAGCAUAGACUUGCUUCUGUGAAUCAGAUGUGCGCUCUCAGCGCAAAAAUUACCUUUUACUCUGGAGUCUGACGGAUCUCAACAGGGGCUCCAGGGAGCUUUCACCUGGGAAGGAGGAGGAAUAGAUGUACCAUCUCUAAGUUGAAGAGACUGUGCUCUUACUUCAUUUAUUUUGUUUCUGUUUUUGUUUUGUUUACUGACUCUUUUUCCUUCUGUAUUCAUGAGAGGAGUUUUAAAAUUGUCACAAUUCUAUUUUAAGUAACUUUUCUCCAUUAAAUUAUAUUUAACUCUUAAUUUUUGCAGGCGAUAUGCUAUCUGUUAGGCAGGAAUAAAAGUUAAACAUUUACUGAGACUAUGAAUGUGUUUCCACCUACUCCAGCCAUUUUUCUGAAUUGCACCAGCCACUGUCCUGUGCUUGCUGAAAACCUGGCUAACUCCCCUAGCACUGAAGUAAGGCAAAGCCAGCAUUGUUGCUCAGGGCCAAGAACCUCGAUGCUCAGUGUCACCUGCUACACAUCAGAUUUUAUGUCUAGGCUUCUACUAUGGGAGGCGAGACCUACAGUUGUCUCCCGUCUGAGACAAAGGUCAAACCUUAUUUACCGGUAAACACAAAGUACAGUAAAAACCUUGGACGGCAAGUGACUUGUUCUGCAUGUGUUCCAUAAGAUGAGCAAGCAUUUCUAAUAAAUUUAACUUGAUAAACAAGCAA